UCCAAGCAGAGUUCGAGCAAUCCCUUAUUUCAUUUGAGAUCAAGUGUUCGAGAUUUGAGAUUUUAAAUAUAUAUAUAUAGCGAGCAAGAUGCAUUUUUUCUCUCUGUAGUUUUUCUUAAUUCUGUUUUAUUUAUUUAUGUGCGUUGCUGAAUGAGGAGCGUGCAGUGUCCGCUACCCAAAUUAACAACUUUCUAAUUAUACAUAACUUGCAGAUUGUACAAUAGUGUUGCUGUUAUUAUUAUUAUUAUUUUAAAUCGUGCUGUUUUGUAGCAUUUCGUAGUUUAUGUUUCGUUCUCUUUGGAUAACCGAGACACCUCUGAUGUGAAUGCCGUCUUCACAGUGCUGCUGCUGGGACCUCCUUCCGAGCCGUAUGGAGAAGCCACGGUCUCCGGAGCCCCGGGCAAACAUGCACCGCCGCGGCCCGGCGCUGUGGCUGCACUGGGAAGGAAGAGUUCUUCAGCAGCACCACUUGCAAUAGUACAUAUUUAAGUUUUGUAAGAUUUGGACUGGACUGGGUGAGUGGACACUGUGGAUUUGGACUGUACUGGGACUGGGUGAGUGAGUGGACACUGUGGAUUUGGACUCUACUGGGACAGGGUGAGUGGACAUUGUAGAAUUGGACUCUACUGGGACUGGGUGAGUGGACACUGUGACGAUGAGUGUGAGAUCGAAAGGCUACCCCGUGGAUCUCGGGGGCAGCUUCACUGAAGAUGCCCCCAGGCCACCGGUCCCUGGCGAGGAAGGGGAGCUGGUGGCUGUGGAUUCCCGGCAGUAUAGCCACAACUUCUACUCCACCAAGAGCGAGGCUUCCACAGCCACGCCGCGCCGGCCGGACCUGGACCUUGGCUAUGAGCCCGAGGGCAGCGCCUCCCCCACGCCGCCCUACCUCAAGUGGGCCGAGUCGCUGCACUCCCUGCUGGACGACCAGGACGGGACCCACUUGUUCCGCACCUUCCUGAAGCAGGAGGACUGUGCCGACCUGCUCGACUUCUGGUUCGCCUGCAGUGGCUUCCGCAAGCUGGAGGCGAGCGACGGCAAUGAGGAGAAGAAGCUCAAGCUGGCCAAGGCCAUCUACAGGAAAUACAUCCUGGACAACAACAGCAUCGUGUCGAGGCAGAUCAAAGCAGCCACCAAGAGCUUCAUCAGGGACUGUGUGGUGAGGGUGCACAUCGAGCCGGCAAUGCUGGACCAGGCACAGACGGAGAUCCAGGCCAUGCUGGAGGAGAACACGUACCCCGUGUUCCUCAAGUCCGAUCUCUAUCUGGAGUACACCCGCACAGGCGGGGAGAGCCCCAAGCUCUGCCCUGAACACAGCUCCGGCUCUGGGACCGGGACGGUCCAGCCCGGAUAUUUGCCCACUCUGAACGAGGACGAGGAGUGGAAAUGCGACCUGCAGCCGGAGGAGUUGGAGGGGGACCCCACUCCCACUAACAGGCUCACUCAGAAACUGCUGCUGGAGACUGUGAGCCAGCGAGCCGCCAGCAACAAGAGGAACCAGGACAGCAGGGAGUACAGACACGGAACGUUGCGGGAGCCCGUCAACCCUUACUAUGUGAACACCGGGUACGCCAUGGCCCCCGCCACGAGCGCCAACGACAGCGAGCAGCAGAGCCUGUCCAGCGACGCGGACUCCCUCUCCCUGACGGACAGCAGUGUAGAUGGGAUCCCUCCGUACCGAUUCCGAAAACUCCACCGUCGAGAGAUGCAGGAAAGCGCCAAAGCCAACGGACGAGUGCCACUACCUCAUAUGCCUCGCACAUACCGGAUUCCGAAGGAUAUCCACGUUGAGCCACAGAAGUUUGCUGCUGAGCUGAGCAGCAGACUGGAGGGGGUCCUGAGGGAGCGCGAAGCCCAGGAGAAGCUGGAGGAGAGACUGAAGCGAGUGCGACUGGAGGAGGAAGGGGAUGACGCAGACGUCUCUGCUGCUCCCUCGCUGGUCAGUCACAACCUGCCCCCUGCCCAGCCCCCUCACCACUUCAACUCGCGCUACUCCGACAUGUCCUACAGUGGCAUGCAGCUACGGGACGCUCACGAGGAGAACCCCGAGUCCAUCCUGGACGAGCACGUCCAGCGCGUCAUGAAAACGCCCGGAUGCCACUCCCCCAAGUCACGCUCUCCAGACGGACUGCCCGCGGGCAAGCACCCGUCCAAACCAGGGCUGAAGGCGGAGGCGGCUGGCAUGUACCACCACAAGCACGUGUACCACCACACCCACCACCAUGGCACAGUGAAACCCAAAGAGCAGGCUGAGGGGGAGGCCUUGCAGAGGGGGCAGAGCAACCUGGCCUGGAACGGGGAUCCACACCACUAUGCAACCAAGUCUCGCAACUAUGCAGACAGCAUGGGCAUGGCGCCCAGCCCCAUGGACUCACUGGGGCACAGUAGUAAAGGAAGCACGCUAUCUAAACGCGCCUCCAAGAAGGCGGAACCCCUGAAAACAGAGGACAGCCGGAACUUUGAGAUGCCCGCGCCUCCCGAGGACAUGGAGAGAAACCAGAAGAUCCUGCAGUGGAUGAUGGAAGGGGAGAAGGAAUCCGGGCGCCACAAAAAGACGCCGUACGGAAGCACUGGUGGGGUGAAGAAGGUGCAGAGUCACGAGCUGUCCAGACCCAGCUCGAUCGAGCGGCCGGGGGCAGUGCACCCCUGGGUCACCGCCCAGCUCCGCAACAACGUGCAGCCCUCGCACCCCUUCAUCCAGGACCCUACCAUGCCUCCCAACCCCGCUCCCAACCCCCUCACCCAGCUGGAGGAGGCUCGCCGGCGGCUCGAGGAGGAGAAGAAAAGGGUCGCCCCCCUGCAGGCCAAACAGAGGCAUAGAACCCAGAAGAAGCAACCGUGCGAGAGCCUUGUCGUGGCGUAUUACUUCUGCGGGGAGCCCAUCCCCUACAGGACCUCGGUGAAAGGACGCGUGGUCACGCUGGGGCAGUUCAAGGAGCUGCUGACCAAGAAAGGGAGCUACAGGUUUUACUUCAAGAAGGUGAGCGACGAGUUUGACUGCGGGGUGGUGUUUGAAGAGGUUCGUGAAGACGAUGCGAUCCUGCCCAUCUUCGAAGAGAAGAUCAUCGGCAAAGUGGAGAAGAUUGACUGAACUGGAGGAGGGGAGACGACCCCUACAGGCGUGUGGGUGGAGAGAAGCAGGUGGAAUCGGCAUAUUGGAAAGGGAACAGGCUCCUUACGCAGGCGUGCACGGCCAGGGUUUAAUGGUACAAGAUUAAAGGAGGCUCAUUAGUCCAGGGCAGCCUUCGAAAAGGAGCAGAGAGGUCCUGAAGAGAGGAGGUGCUCUGGGAAACCUCAUCUGGACUGGAGGGCUUCCACUUUCCACAGAUUGAUGAACCAGCGGCUCGGUGCCUCAGGAUGCAGUGGUGCUCGGUGCCUCAGGAUGCAGUGGUGCUUCAAAGGCACAAUCUGCCCAGCGCGGGACACAAAGGAGCGUGCAGCAGUAUCUUCACCGUAUUUCUAACUCGAGUGUAACGUAGCACUGUAAAGUUGUAUUAGGAACUGUACCAUGAAUCUGUUUACUAAAGCUGCAUAUUUGAUACAAUGCAUAGGAAGGAAAGGACCCUUUCUGAUGCACCUCUCAUGCUCUCUCGUAAUUUUUGAUAUGUACAGGUACUUCACAACAUGACAGGCCAACAAAACAAAAGCUCAAAAGAAAUAGUCUCUUUUUUUUUUAAUGAAAAGCAGCUGUUGCUAUCAAUGCAUUGGAUUGUUACAAUUCACUUUCAGUGAUAGUACUGUCUUUGAAAAGUGCUACAGGAGCGUCCCUUAGUUUGGAGUCCUUCGCGUGGCAGUAUCUGUUUUUUUUUAAAUCCUUAGAUUUAUAAAUACGAACCAACCACUUCAAACUGAACUUUGUAAGCCAGUGUUUUUUAUUUUCCUUCGCUCUGGAAUUUUAUGUUUUUGAAGUGUUUUGCUGGUCCAUCACCCUAUGAGAAUCGCACAGAACCACCAUCGCUGCACAGCAGAGUAUAGCUGCUUGCUGUCACUUCCAUGAGCUGAUACAUGUCGUUUUGUUUUUUAAUAAACCUGAAUUCAGUGGCUAUUGCAGCCUGAGGAAGUGUAACAGUAGCCAGCCGAGACACACUUUUCCUGAAACUGUGUAAUCCUAACCAAUGGGUGUCUGUGCCGGACGUUACCACAGAGCCUCUGCUUGUGACGUUUUAAAACAAGUCCUCUGUCCUGUUCAGAUCUCACGGUUUGGAGUAUUUUAUGUGUGUCUUGUUUUCCUGUGGAUUUCUUUGUGCUGAUUGGAGGAGGCGAGGUCAUGGGGUGCAGGUCAGAGGUGCCUUGGUCAGGUAUACUUGCCUGUAUUGAGCUGCUGCUGCUGUCUGGAGAGCUGGAGAGGAGGAAUCCCAGUAAAACAACUGGUCCCUUCACUGGCUCUCGCUGAUACAAAAUGAGCACACAACUACAGACCGAACAGGACAGGAGCUUUGUUUAAAAAAUCAAUCAAAUGUCUGCCACGUUGAUAUCUGAAAUUCCAAGUGGCCUGUGGACAUUGAAGUAAUAUUAUAAAGAAUAACUGAAUAAUGCUCUCAGUUGGUAGAAAUAAAUGAGUGUUUUUUAAUCUGUUAUUUACAGGUGCUUUCAAAGGCAGACACCAGUAGAAAUCUUCCUGGAGACCCGGCACUACUCUAAAGAGGGAGGGAAGUGUUCAUCACUGCGUGGCACUUGAUGUGUGCAUUAUUAAAAUCAUUCAAACACAUUGUUUACAGAUACCUUAAUGUAUUAAACUGGCCUGAGUUUGAAGAUAAUGUUCAAAUCUGCUUUUCUAGGUUGAUGAAAGGGCUUUGUUAGAACCGGAGUCUCAGCUAGUAAGCAGCUCUCUGUUUUAUCACAAGGACCAAAGCGCAGCAGCCCUGUGAAAGAGGUGAUGCUACAGUUAAUCAGCGAUGUGGUUCUGGUUCAGCAGGCAGUGGAUCAGCAAACAUCUCAUUUAAAAAUGAACAAAGCAUACAAAUAUCAUGCUGUACCUCCCUGUCCAAUUUGCAUUCAAAACUUGCAGGGAAUUAAAUUGGUUUUAAUCUUC